AUGUGGAGUUGUAUCCAAGGCAACUUUGGGCUGAACAGCACGUUCUGUCAAGAUGACCCCUGCCAGAGAGUAGGCCUGGUCCUAUCCAUUGCCUCGACAGCCUACCUCGUUGUUGGCUUCCCCCUGGGCCUUAUCCUCAAUGGCUUGAUUCUCGUUGUCAAUCUACGUCACAAGUUGUCCAUCCUCAUGCCAGAUGUCUACUUCACCAAUAUGGCACUGGCGGGAUUCAUCCUGAACCUGGUGGCUUUUCUGCAGCUCCUGGGACCAGAUCACCUCCUGUGGCCGGUGUGGACCUUCGGCCGGGAGCUGUGCAUGGCCUCCUUUAUCCUGUUCAACACGGCGGCCCUGGUUAGCACCUACUCCGUCACAUUGCUGAGCCUGGACUGCUCCAUCGAGCGGGUGCUGCCGCACACCUACAUGUUGAGCGCGUACAACACUAGGCACGUCUGCAGCUUCGUGUGGGGUGGGGCUGCACUGGCCAGCUUCUCCUCCCUCCUGUUCUACGUCUGCAGCAAGAUCUCUGAGGAGCUCGACGACUGCUCACAGCUGCAGACCAAGGAGCUGGGCGACGCCAUUAUGGUCUUCACUGGCCUGUUGGCCCCCACCGCUGGUGUGAGCUACGCCCUCUGGCUAAUCCUCUGCCCCCGUAAGGGAGGUCCCUAUGGGCUUGCCGAAUCCUCGUGGCUUGACCCUUGCAUCCGGGGACUUCUCCUGGCCACUGUCUCGGCGCACUUUGCCCUCUGGUUGCCGUACUACCUGACCCUGCUGGUCAGCACUGCCCAUUUUGUCACCAGAAGUGAGGGCGAUCGCCAUUUUCCCAAGCUGCUUCACUUCCUGAGAGGGGCCAGUGAGUUGCUAGCCUACCUCAGCUCCUGCACGCUGCCUGUCAUCUACAAACACCUGCAGAAGAGCUUCGACUCCAGGCUGAGGCUGGUGAUCCAAGGCCUGCGUUGUGGGCAUCUGGGCCGUCAUUGCGAGGGGCAGCAGCAGCAGCAACACGUUGCCACAAUCUCAAGGGCAGAUCUGGCCCCAGAGCACAUCAGCAUCUCUGCCCGGUAA